UGUUUUAGUAAAGUAUAUUUGCUGUAUAUUUGAUUUUUGAAUAUAUUUAUUUUAUAGUUGUGUUGGUAUUUUUACAGAGUUGUGGACAAUUAUUCAUGUCGCAGCACUUUAGAAGUUUACCAAGUCAUUCGUUAUUUAGAGAUGAAGUAAAGAAAACAUACAGACUUACUCCGUUCAUUGUUACUCUUUCUGGUACCAGCUUGACGUCGAUAGAUAUAGAAAAUUUCAUAGAAAUGGGAUUACGUAUAAUUCGUUUCAACCUUACAAAUUUAACACGAAACGAUAAAAUAAUGUUAUUGGCUAAGUUCAAGCAAGCUAUGAAAUCAUUUUGCGAAAAGUAUAAUGUUCCCAAUUGGCCGAUUGCAAUUUCUAUCGAUUUGCCAAACGCAUGUAUUAAAACAGGAUGCUUUGUUGAUGAUAUAACCGAAGUAUUUUUAGAAGAAAAUGAUCUAAUCGAAAUAACUUGUAACACAAAGUUGUGGAACAUGUGCAGUAAACAUAGGAUAUUCAUGGACGAUCCGUAUACUUUUAAAUUGAUAAAACCUGGAGCAGAAAUAACAUUGGGUUCGGGAAAAGUUAUAUUGAUUUGUACUGAAGUAAUUAGCGAACAGAGGAUCAUGUGUAAAGUUUACCAAAAAGGUUCGAUAGGGAAUUUGGAAUUUUUCUGCGUCCGAGGAAUCAAGCAUAUAAAACCACCAUUGUCUAAAUACGAUUUGAAUAUGAUAGAAUUUGCUAAAGAGUUUUCUCUUGAUAUGAUAAUAAUGAAUUCUGUUCGACGCACAUCUGUACUAGAUAAAGUAAAAGCAUUUUUUAAAAACUCUCCGAUGCCGCACAUCAUCAGCACGAUCUGUGAACAAGAGGGACUGGACAAUAUCGAUGAGAUUAUUGAGGCAUCAGACGGUAUAAUAUUGGCCAGAGAAUUCCUAGCAUACGAAAUUCUUAAUAAAUAUCAAAUGAGUGCAAUACAAAUGCAAAUGAGUGCUAAAUGUAGACAGCGAGGAAAACCAUUCUUUAUCUCGGGUAAUAUUUUAGACGAAAGUAUAAAGAAGGGAAUAUUAGCGGAUCGCGAUGUUUUUGACAUCACAAAUGCGGCAAUAGACGGCACUGGAUUUCUUAUACGUCAUUUAGACAAUCCGUCACAUAUAUUAGUCGCGAUGAAAAUUUUGGAUUCUAUCUGUAAAUCAGUAGAAUCUGUAGCAAUGGAAAAAGAUUUCUGGAGAAUUCUUGAUGAGAUCAAGAUGCCAGCCAACGCUGCGGAAGCUUGUUGCCUAGCUUGUGCUCUCGCCGCAAAGCAAUCGAUGUCAAAGGUCAUCAUAGCGCCGACUGUGACAGGAAGCACUGCUCGACAUCUUGCGCGCGUCGCCCCCGAAGUUGUUAUACUAACGAUAAGUUCCAAUCCAUUCACUGCAAGGAAACUACAGCUAUAUAGAGGGAUAAUACCCUUAAUUUAUACUGAAAAAGCAAGACCAAAGUUUGAAGAUGAAAUGAACAGACGUGUAGCGUACGCAGUGGCGUAUUGCGUUAAGCAUAACAUAUUAAAAUAUAAGCAAACAUAUGUUCUGUUGAGACGAAGUACUAUCUACAGUGCGUUCCCUGAUAUGCUCAGUGUUCACACGGUCUCGUCAAAAUUGCAAAUAGGUGAUCUUGCUUUAAACUAAAAUCAAAAAAUAUAAGUAUUUACAUUAA